UGGGGUUCUGUGUCUGUCUUGUCACCUUCCACUUUUCUCUCCAUCCAUUUGGCCUUCAGAUAGACUCCUGCAGGGAUGGCGGAGCUGGAGGGCUUGGAGUUCGGAAAGUCAGACUUUGUGCUUCUAGACGAGGUGACCAUGGAGCAGUUUAUGGAGAACUUGAAGUUAAGGUUUGAGAAAGCCCGUAUUUACACUUUCAUUGGAGAAGUAGUGGUGUCAGUCAAUCCGUACAGACAUUUGGAUAUCUAUGGGAAGGAGGUCAUUGAGGACUACAGGGGAAGAGAACUGUAUGAGAAUCCACCUCACCUGUAUGCUGUCGCAGACGCUGCUUAUAAAGCCAUGAAGAGACGAGCCAAAGACACAUGCAUCGUCAUUUCAGGUGAGAGCGGAGCAGGCAAGACUGAGGCAAGCAAGUACAUUAUGCAGUACAUUGCAGCAAUCACCAACCCUAGCCAGAGAGCAGAGGUCGAGAGUGUGAAGAACGUGCUUCUGAAAUCCAACUGUGUGUUAGAGGCCUUUGGAAAUGCUAAGACCAACCGCAAUGAUAACUCCAGCCGCUUCGGCAAAUACAUGGACAUCAACUUCAACUUCAACGGAGACCCCACAGGAGGACACAUCAACAACUACCUGCUGGAGAAGUCUAGAGUUGCCCAACAGCAGGAGGGAGAGAGAAAUUUCCACUCAUUUUAUCAGGUGUUACGGGGAGGAUCUGAUGGAUUGCUGAAGUCUUUGUAUCUGCAGAGAGAUCCAGCAGAAUAUGCCUACACCAAUCAAGGAGCCUCAAUCACACUUGCAUCCAAUAAUGACUCCUUAUGUCACAAAGCUGUGAUGGCAGCACUGAAAGUGAUUGGCUUCACCGCCGAAGAGAUCAUCUCCAUCUACAAGAUUCUCAGUACCAUCCUACACCUGGGUAACCUUCAGUUUACUAGUGAUGGUGAACAUGUCGUACUUGUCGGUGAAGAUACAGUGAAGCACAUUUCUGAGCUGACGUCCACAGAGCCUGAGAAUACCAGAAAAGCACUGCUGUACCGUACAGUGGCUACUGGGGGUGGAGAGGUCAUUGAAAAGGGACACAACGAGCAGGAAGCUAGCUAUGGAAGAGACGCUUUUGCCAAGGCUUUAUAUGAGAGAUUAUUUGCGUGGAUAGUGGGUCGUAUCAAUUGCGUGAUUCAAGUGAAGGACUACAAUCCUGCUCUGCAUGGCAAAAACACUGUUAUAGGUGUGCUGGACAUCUAUGGCUUUGAGAUCUUUGAUAACAACAGCUUUGAGCAGUUUUGCAUUAACUACUGCAACGAGAAGCUACAGCAGCUCUUCAUUGAGCUUAUUCUACGGCAGGAGCAGGACGAGUACCAGAGAGAGGGUAUCACAUGGCAGAAUAUAGAAUACUUUAACAAUCAGAUCAUAGUGGAUUUAGUGGAGCAGCCUCAUAAGGGCAUCAUCUCCGUCCUGGAUGAAGCCUGUCUCACUGCAGGGAAAGUCACAGAUACUGUCUGCUUGGACAGCAUGAACAAAAAGCUGGGCCAGCACCCUCACUACACCUCCCGGAAACUCUGUCCCGCCGAUAAGACCAUGGAGUUCAAUCGAGAUUUCCGUAUCCGACACUACGCGGGAGAUGUUACGUACUCAGUUGAGGGCUUUCUUGAUAAGAACAAGGACCCGCUUUUCCAGGAUUUCAAGCGACUGAUGUACAACAGGUAGUAGUUUGAAGACUUCAACAUUCCUUUCAUUGAAAUAAUCAAUGUAAUCCAAAAAAUGAAUAUUCUGUCCUCAUUUUUUCACCCUUGUUCUGUAUUAGUGGACAAACUGGCCUGUAAGGAGCCAUACUAUGUGCGGUGUAUAAAACCGAAUGAGGUGAAGUCCCCCCUGCUGUUUGAUGAUGGUCGCUGCCAGCACCAAGUGGCGUACCUGGGACUGCUGGAGAAUGUGCGUGUGCGUCGAGCUGGAUUUGCCUACAGACAGCCUUAUGCACGCUUUCUGCAGAGGUACAAGAUGACCUGUGAAUACACCUGGCCUAAUCACCUGAUGAGCUCUGACCAGGAGGCUGUGGAGGCCAUCGUGAACCAGCACGGCUUUGAGGACGAUGUAGCGUACGGCCACACCAAGCUCUUCGUGAGAACACCUCGCACACUCUUUACACUGGAGCAAGAGAGAGCCGCACUCAUCCCCAUACUAGUGCUCUUCUUACAGAAGGUUUGGAGAGGUGCAUUAGCACGUAUGCGAUGUAGGAAAAUAAGGGCUAUAUAUACCAUAAUGGCAUAUUAUAAAUGCUAUAAGGUGAAGGCUCACUUCUGGGAAGUGGAGAGACGUUUUACCAACGUUCGAAACAUGGCUGACUACGGGAAGAGUGUGGAGUGGCCGACACCGCCUGCGGCCCUGGUGCAGUUCCACAGAAUCACACAACACCUUUACCGCCGAUGGUGGGCCCGGCAGCUGAUUAAAAACAUCCCCCCAUCUGACAUGGCGGAGGUGAGGGCAAAAGUAGCUGCUCUGUCAGCUCUGAGCGGGGAGAGAGUGGACUGGGGCUACAGCCGUGCCUGGGAGAGAGACUAUUUGGCCAGUGCAAAAGACUCUCCUCUGACGAGCACCAACUUUGUGCGCAUCACUAAAGAGCUGAAGAACAAAGACCCAUACAGCCAGGUCCUCUUUUCAUGCUCUGUCAGGAUGCUCAACUGGUUCAACAACACAAAGGACAGAGCUCUACUCAUCACAGACAAGCAUAUCUACAGGCUGGAGCCCAAAAAACACUUUAAAGUGCAAAAACGAAUAUCACUUGAUUCAGUGGUUGGUGUGAGCGUAACAAGUGGCAGUGACCAGAUGGUGGCGCUACAUACUGCCUCUCAGGAUGACUUUCUAGUGCACCUACAGAGGGGUCAACUCAACCCAAAUCAGGACCGUGUAGGGGAGUUGGUGGGCAGCCUCACAGACCACUUUACACGAGUGAAGAACACUCCACUGCCGGUCAAAGUGUGCUCUACAGUGUUCCAGGUACACAUGAGCGGGAAACCUAAGAGUAUCACCGUCGAGACCAAACCCGGCCAGACCGCUGCAGACUUCAAGAAGAGUCGAACAGGAUUCACCUUACUGCUGCCCCAUCAGUAAAGCCAAUGCUUAUAGGACAUAAAACAGUAUUCAGCCAUUCAGUCAGAGAUGGGGGACAUAAGUGGAACAAAAUUUCUGAUUUUCCCAAUCUUAAGCAAUGCACUUUGUUGUUAUUAAAUAGUGUGUUGAAGUGAUGAAGUAUUUUUGUAGGCCAGAAGUUAGUAUAACACUGGUUCCCUCGAAUAGGAUAUUCAGCAUAAAUGACUGUGCUGAUCCGCUGUUAUUCUGUCGUCCCUCCUCUAUUUUUAAUUUUGCAGCCGAUGUGUUGUGUCAUGUCUUUUGAAUCGUGGGGGAUCAUGUAAUAAUGCUAUUUUAUUAUUUAUGAGAGAAUGUUCUAUUGAUAUGGCCUUUGCACUUUUUAUAAAAUAAGUCUAUUUUUAUGUUCUUUAUGAUUGUAUUUUUUCUCAGGGUGUACAUUUGAACUGUGGAGAUGUAACCAAGAGUAUUUUCAUGUGUUUGUGCCGUCACUGGGCCGGUACUUAAAAAAAAAAAAAAAAAGGUACUAAUGUGUACUUUUAAAGCGCUAAUAUGUAUUUUACAUAUGUACUAUGUACUAACAAAAAUGUACCUUUUAGCUUUUGUACCUUUUGUGUACCACCCAAGUGACAACUUUGUACCACUUUUCUGAGAGUACAGGAAUAUUUAACCAAGAUUUACAACACCUCGGGUUACACCUAAAAAUAUUGAUACUGCUCUGUAGUAGUAAUAUAUAAACAGAGGAGUGAUUUGAAUGCUUAUUAAUAUCUGUCAAAUGUUAUAUUUAAAAACAGCAACUAAACUGUAUUCGGAUCAUAUGAGGGCCUUGUGAUAUUGUUUUAUUAAAUGCUACAU